CCUCGCUGGUCAAACAUGGAUAUCUUAUGCUUCUUGAGACGUAUCAACAUGGAGUCUCAAACCUGAGGCUUUUGUAUUCAUGCUUUACACAGCUUCGCCAGACGGCUUAAGGGGAGAAGGUGACAGUGUGGUUCUUUUGUCUUCUGAUUGUGCUCGAUUUGCUGAUCAUGAGACCUCGACGAGACUUAUAACAUAGCUAAUCGUUUUCCUCUUCCCUUCGAUCACUUCUUCCAUCUCUUGCUUCGCAUUCUGCUAUUUUGUUCUCAAGCUCCUUCGCUCGAAGCGAUUCUUAGAACGAUUUCAUUUCUUGUCGCUGGUCGACGCAUAAACAGCCAACUCCUAAAGCUCACUAGUUUAAAAGCCCCUGUCACCUCUAGUCCUCGUGUCCUUCACGAUAACACUCCAGCAUGGCCGAGUCGAUCAAACCUUUCCUACCCAAGAGACCUUCCGGCCCUGUCUUCAUCGGUCUCAACGUACUCCGAGCCCUGAGCAUCAUCGCCUUGAUCCUUUGCUUAUCCGCCAACAUAGUCACGAUGGUAGAUGAUAUCAAAGCAAUCAAAGCCUACAAUUCGAACGAACAGGAUCUGGAUUGUGAUUAUGUCGAAUACUCUACCGUCCCGGAUCAAACGGGAGGUGCAUUCUGGUCGAUCCUCAAUCGAAUCUUCAUCGUCUUCGAGUGUAUACUUCUCACUUUGUCCGAGAUCGGGAUUCCAAAGAGACUUUUUGAAAACUUCUUGCCGAUCUUGGGUCCAGCACAUGGAUUAGGGUGUCUGGGGAUCUUUCAAGCAUUGAUCGGAGCACAGGUCCUCUCACACUACAGUACCACCUUCCCUCAAGUCAGCAGCUGGCUAUUGUUCAUCAUCGGUUGUCUGAACAUUCUUGCGGGCCUCGUCUUCAGGAGUGGAGGCAAAACGAAACGUCUCAUCUUCUCCUGGGAGAACGUCACGUCCCUGACCCCUCAGACCCGAAUGGCAGCUACGGCUUGGGACAUGGUGACUGAAAAACGAGUUUAUCCAAAGGCCAGCCAAAGCAACCUAUCCCGCCAAACUAGCCAACAUUCAGACACUCCUCUUGUCCCUGAGCAUACGGUUCCAGGUGCGCGAUUUGGAGGAUUCGGAUUCGGUCGACAGGGAGAGAAGGCCGCUGCCGAUCGAGGAUUCAAAAUUUCCAGACCGAUGGAAAGUCUCCCUCGCUACGGAGUAUAAUAUGCCUUCGUCAUCAUCAUGAUCUUCUUCUAGAUACCUAAUGUCACAUGGACACUACACUGUAUAUAUGUAUGAUAUCUUGUUCUUGAUUGAGAGUCUCCAGUCCAUGCUAUCUGUUCGUUGCUUCCCCUUUGCCACUCUAUUUAUG